AUGGAUCUACCUCUCUAUCGAACGAAAGGCCGUGCACUUGGUGUAGUUUUCGAGCACAUGAACGUACUGGGCGCAACGGCGAGUGCAGGCGGUAUUUUAGAUUUGCCGUCCCUGAUACUGAAAGUCACGAAAUAUCCCGUAGAGCUCGUUCUCUCUACAUUUUCAAACCGAUCCGUUUCUUCAAAGCAUAUUGUGCAGGAUAUCAGUGGUGUCCUUUUCCCAGGAGAGACAAUGCUUGUCCUUGGUCGUCCGGGAUCAGGCUGCUCAACAGUUCUAAAGGCCCUCGCAAACAACCAUGCUCCCUUUGUUGAAGUUCAAGGACGCAUCUCGUACGGGAACAUUUCGUCUGAUGAGAUGGCCCGCAGCUUUUGUUCUGAGACUGUUUACGCAGGAGAGGAUGAUAUUCACUUCCCAACGCUCUCCACGAAGAACACGGUUGAAUUCGGCUACACGCUACGCAAGCCGGCCACACAGAAGCAAUCGGACUCUAGGUUUGCUGCUGAGCAAACACAAAAUAUGCUGAGCUCACUGGGAAUUGCGCACACCAAGGACACCGUUGUUGGAGAUGCGUUCAUCAGAGGUGUCUCUGGAGGCGAGCGCAAACGCAUUACCCUGGCUGAAGCACUAUCCAUAAAUUCAGCCUAUGGAUCUUGGGAUAAUCCAAUUCGGGGACUGGACAGCUCUUCCGCCACACAGUUUCUGCGGUUGUUGAAGAAUAUUUCAAGACAGACUGGCAUGUCCAACUGCGUUUCCCUCUAUCAGGCAUCUGAAACAAUGUACCAGGAAUGUUUUGAUCGAGUCAUGGUCCUUUAUGAUGGGCAGAUGAUCUUUUGUGGCAAAGCAGACGAGGCAAAGGAAUAUUUUGAAAACCUCGGAUUUGAGUGCUUGGGACGUCAGACAACACCCGACUUCCUUACCGCAGUGACAUCUCCUCUUGAGCGAAGAAUCCGCCCGGGGUACCAGUCAGUUCCCCAAGAUGCCGAGUCAAUGGCGAAAGCAUUUCGCAACAGCGAGAACUAUCGUCGCCUGAAUAACGAUAUUGCUUCCUAUUAUGGCCAAGUUGCUGAAAACGUUGAGUACACUCAGUCCUUCAAAGAAGAAUCGCAAAGAAUUCGGUCGAAACUUGCUGUUGCGAAAGCAAUUGCCCCUCGAUCCAUCUUCAAGCAAACCUAUUCUGCUGCCAUCCGAUACUAUCAGCUUCUAUGGGGGGGAUCGUCGUACAUUCUACACGGUCCUCGCUUUCAAUGCAAUUAA